AUGCUUUAUAGCUACAAGCAUGCCUUCUCUGGAUUUUCAGCAAGGCUCAGUUCAACUCAAGCUGCCUCCUUAGCCAAGAUCGAAGGAGUGAUUUCGGUACUCGAGAGUCGGUCACUGGAGUUGCACACAACAAGAAGCUGGGAUUUUUUAGGGCUCCCUUUAGAAAACAUUAACAAAAAUGAAGGGACUCCAUUGCAGCUUGCCUAUGGCAGUGACACAAUCAUUGCGGUGUUAGAUUCAGGGGUGUGGCCAGAAUCUGAAAGCUUCAAGGAAGAGCCAUUCAUGGGGCCUAUUCCUCCAUGCUGGAAAGGAAAAUGUGUCAAGGGAGAAAACUUUGAUCCGGCAAAGGCCUGCAACCGGAAAUUGAUUGGAGCAAGAUACUACGUUAAGGGUUUUGAAGAAGCAUAUGGCCCAUUGAACAUGAGUAGCAACAAAGAGUAUCGUUCUGCGCGCGACUUCAUAGGCCAUGGCACACACACAGCUUCAACAGCAGUUGGAUCCAGGGUCAGAAAUGCAAAUUAUAUUGGUAUAGGGCAAGGCACAGCAAGAGGAGGAGCACCUAGGGCUAGAUUAGCUGUGUAUAAAGUUUGUUGGAGCAAGGAUCUUGAUGGGAAGUGCAAUGAGGCUGAUAUUCUUGCAGCUUUUGAUGAUGCUUUGUGCGACGGAGUUCAUGUUAUCUCAGCCUCGUUCGGUGAAUCACCACCUUUGCGUCCAUUCUUUGCAUCAAAUGCUGGUAUUGGAUCUUUCCAUGCAAUGCAACUUGGUGUCACUGUGGUGUUUUCAGCUGGCAACGAUGGGCCGCAGCCUUCUUUAGUUGGAAAUGUUGCUCCAUGGAGUAUUUCUGUGGCUGCUUCCUCCAUUGAUAGAGCUUUUCCUACUGAAAUAAUAGUCAAUGGUGACUUCUCUAUCAUGGGAGAAGGAUUAAUCAGCACAGAGAUUAAUGCAAAAUUGGCUGAUGCAACCAAUUACUUUGAUGAUGGGGUUUGCAGCAGGGAGAAUUGGAAUAAAAUAGUAGCCAAAAGGCCAAGGGUAGUGUUAUGCUUCUCCACAGUAGGACCAGUGGAUAUUGGAGAGGCAGAACAAGCAGUAAUGAAGGCCAAUGCAUCUGGGUUGAUCUUUGCUGAGCCUGGGGCAAGCCAAAUGGCUGAUGUGGAUAUCAUCCCUACUGUUCGUUUAGAUAUGGUUCAAGCCACUAAACUCAAGGAUUACUUUGCUCAGUUCGAAAACCUUCCUCCAGUGCAGAUAAAACCAAGUCAAACAAGUAUAGGAAAAGUGGCAGCACCAACAGUUGCAUAUUUCUCUUCUAGAGGACCAAGUUCCAUUUCACCUGAUAUACUAAAGGUCACAAUCACUUGGACAAUGGGGUAA